GCUCGGCUAACCCACCUGUCUCGAAUUUUUUCAUUCUAUAAUUUACUCUCUCUCUCUCGCCAUUCACUCGGACCUCAUAUAAACCUUCUCUUCUCUUUUCCUUUCCUUUCUCUUUCUUAAUUACUUUAAUCUCUGUUAAAAGUUUCUUCCAUUGCCUCUCAAAGCUUGUAGCUUUGCACCUCUCUCUCUCUCUCUCUCUCCAGGUAUCGGAAGCGUGCUUUCAGAUUUGGCAUAGAAAGCUUUUGCCUUUAUUGAUCAAAGAUCUAUAUAUAUAUAUAUAUAUACAGGCACAAAGAGAUUUUGCUUUUCCAUCAGCGACAUGGUUCGAUCUGUCCUCUCUUGUUGUUAGGAUUUGGGGAUAAGUUACUUGUAUUGUUAAAACAUGACAUCGAGAUCCUUCAAGGUGAGCCGGUCAUCUCUAUCGACGACCUCGGAUGUGCCAGAUUCACAAAAUGUUAGGCCUCCCCUGCCACCAAGUGUGGCUUUUGAGCGGAGAACUUCAUCAGGACGAUAUAUUAGUUAUUCAAGGGAUGACCUUGAUAGUGAACUUGGGAGCUGUGAUUUUAUGAACUACACGGUACACUUACCGCCAACCCCUGAUAACCAGCCAAUGGAUUCGAUCUCUCAGAAGGUUGAAGAGCAAUACGUGUCAAAUUCACUUUUUACCGGUGGAUUCAAUAGUGUUACACGAGCUCAUCUUAUGGACAAGGUGAUCGAAUCAGAGGCAAAUCAUCCACAAAUGGCUGGUGCAAAAGGAUCUUCAUGUGCAAUUCCUGGGUGUGAUGCUAAGGUGAUGAGUGAUGAACGGGGUGUGGAUAUUCUCCCUUGUGAAUGUGACUUCAAGAUAUGUAGAGAUUGUUAUUUGGAUGCAGUUAAAACCAACGACGGCACUUGCCCGGGGUGCAAAGAGCAAUUCAAGACCAUGGAUUUGGAUGAAGUGAUGGAAAAUCGGAGACCACUUCCACUUCCGCCACCAGCUGAGAUGUCCAAAAUGCAGAGGAGGUUGUCAUUGAUGAAAUCAACAAAAUCAGUGCUAAUGAGGAGCCAGACUGGAGACUUUGAUCACAAUCGGUGGCUCUUUGAAACUAGGGGCACCUAUGGGUAUGGAAAUGCUAUAUGGCCAAAGGGGGGAGAAUUAGGAAAUGGAAAAGACGGUGAGGUAGUUGAGCCUUCAGAAUUAAUGAGCAAACCAUGGAGGCCACUAACGCGCAAAUUAAAGAUACCAGCAGCCAUUAUCAGCCCAUAUCGGCUUCUGAUUGCUAUUCGAUUGGUUGUUCUUGGGUUUUUCUUGGCAUGGAGGAUCAAACACCCAAACAAUGACGCAGUCUGGUUAUGGGGGAUGUCCGUUGUCUGCGAAAUAUGGUUUGCCUUCUCUUGGAUUCUUGACCAAUUGCCUAAGCUCUGCCCUGUGAAUCGUGCUACAGAUCUUAACGUCUUAAAAGAGAAGUUUGAAAUGCCUAGCCCCAACAACCCCACUGGAAAAUCUGAUCUCCCAGGCAUAGAUAUCUUUGUCUCUACUGCAGAUCCAGAGAAAGAGCCCCCUCUUGUCACAUCCAAUACCAUCUUAUCUAUUCUGGCUGCUGAUUAUCCAGUUGAAAAACUUGCUUGCUUUGUUUCUGAUGAUGGAGGUGCGCUUUUAACCUUUGAGGCCAUGGCAGAAGCAGCAAGCUUCGCUAAUACAUGGGUCCCAUUUUGCCGUAAACAUGACAUUGAGCCCAGGAACCCAGAAACUUAUUUCAAUUUGAAGAGAGAUCCUUAUAAGAACAAGGUGAAGGCGGACUUUGUCAAGGAUCGUAGACGGGUAAAACGUGAGUAUGAUGAGUUUAAGGUCCGUAUCAAUGGCCUGCCUGACUCAAUCCGACGUCGUUCUGAUGCCUAUCAUGCUCGAGAGGAAAUAAAGGCCAUGAAGCAACAGAGACAGAAGACAGAUGAUGAACCCGUGGAGAUUGUGAAGAUCCCAAAAGCCACUUGGAUGGCUGAUGGAACCCACUGGCCGGGGACUUGGCUAAGUUCUGGACCAGAACACUCUAAAGGCGAUCAUGCUGGAAUAAUGCAGGUGAUGUUGAAACCUCCAAGUGAUGAACCACUACAGGGCACAGCUGAUGAUACCAGGUUAAUUGACCUGAGUGAUGUUGAUAUUCGUCUUCCAAUGCUUGUAUAUGUUUCCCGUGAGAAACGUCCUGGAUAUGAUCACAACAAGAAAGCAGGAGCCAUGAAUGCCCUUGUUCGAGCCUCUGCAAUCAUGUCUAAUGGGCCCUUUAUUCUUAACCUUGAUUGUGAUCACUACAUCUAUAACUCCCAGGCUCUGAAGGAAGGCAUGUGUUUCAUGAUGGAUAGAGGUGGAGAUCGCCUUUGCUAUGUCCAAUUCCCUCAGAGGUUUGAGGGUAUUGACCCUAGUGAUCGGUAUGCCAAUCAUAACACUGUCUUCUUUGAUGGCAACAUGCGGGCCCUUGAUGGGCUCCAGGGUCCAGUAUAUGUUGGUACUGGAUGCCUCUUUCGAAGGAUUGCCCUGUAUGGUUUUGAUCCACCUCGAUCAAAAGAACACCACCCUGGCUUCUGCAGCUGUUGCUUCCCUCGUAAGAAGCGUGCCACAGUUGCAGAAGAAAACCGGUCCCUGAGAAUGGGUGAUUCCGAUGAUGAAGAGAUGAACCUUUCCCUAGCUCCUAAGAAGUUUGGAAACUCGACUUUCCUCAUCGAUUCAAUCCCAGUAGCCGAGUUCCAAGGCCGUCCCCUUGCAGACCAUCCGGCCGUGAAGAAUGGACGGCCUCCUGGUGCUCUCACCAUUCCCCGAGAGCUUCUUGACGCAUCAACUGUGGCAGAGGCAAUCAGCGUCAUCUCGUGCUGGUAUGAGGAUAAGACUGAGUGGGGACAGCGUGUUGGAUGGAUUUACGGGUCUGUCACUGAAGAUGUGGUCACAGGGUAUAGGAUGCACAAUAGGGGAUGGAAAUCAGUUUACUGUGUGACGAAACGGGAUGCUUUCCGUGGGUCUGCCCCAAUCAAUCUCACAGAUAGGCUCCAUCAGGUUCUCCGCUGGGCUACUGGCUCAGUUGAGAUCUUCUUCUCCCGCAACAAUGCCCUCUUCGCAAGCUCAAAAAUGAAGUUAUUGCAAAGAAUUGCAUACCUCAAUGUUGGAAUCUACCCUUUUACCUCCAUCUUCCUAAUUGUCUAUUGUUUUCUACCUGCACUAUCUCUCUUCUCUGGCCAGUUUAUUGUCCAAACCCUGAACGUGACUUUCCUUGUUUACCUUCUUUUGAUCACUGUUACACUAUGUAUGCUUGCGGUGCUUGAGAUCAAAUGGUCGGGAAUCGAGCUAGAAGAGUGGUGGAGGAACGAACAGUUUUGGUUGAUCGGAGGAACCAGUGCUCACUUGGCUGCUGUGAUUCAGGGGCUACUCAAAGUCAUUGCAGGAAUUGAAAUCUCUUUCACUUUGACAUCGAAAUCAGGUGGUGAUGACGAGGAUGAUGAGUUUGCUGAUCUCUACAUCGUCAAAUGGACAUCCCUUAUGAUUCCACCAAUCACAAUUAUGAUGAUAAACUUGAUUGCAAUAGCAGUUGGAGUUAGUCGAACAAUUUAUAGCACUAUACCUCAGUGGAGCCGCUUACUAGGUGGAGUUUUCUUUAGUUUUUGGGUUUUGGCACAUCUGUAUCCAUUUGCAAAAGGGCUCAUGGGAAGAAGAGGAAGGACUCCAACCAUUGUUUUUGUUUGGUCGGGACUUGUUGCGAUCAUCAUAUCCCUCCUUUGGGUGGCAAUCAAUCCUCCAUCAGGCACUAACCAGAUUGGAGGCUCUUUCCAGUUUCCCUGAUAAGUGAUGUUUCUUAGUCAAUCAGUUUAGCAAUAUUCCUUCAUUUAGUUUUUUUUUUUUUUAAUUUUUUUCUCUACAAAUUGAUGGACUGGGCAUGAAAAUUGAGAUAAUGGUUUUAGCAACAUUUUAGUUUUAUUUUUGCAUGUGCCUGAAAUGAAUUAUUAUUCAUUUGAGCAUUUCAGUCUUUACAUGGCGAAUUAAGCAUUGCACUUCAGUGCAUUAUUUUGGA